GAGGGGAGGAUAGCCGCCAUAUACAGAGGAAGAGCCCUACACAGGAGACCCCGUAUAUACAGAGGGGAGGAUAGCCGCCAUAUACAGAGGAAGAGCCCUACACAGGAGACCCCGUAUAUACAGAGGGGAGGAUAGCCCUGUAUACAGAGGACGACCCCUACACAGAAGAUCCCCUAUAUACAGAGGGGAGGAUAGCCCCUAUAUACACAACAGUUAGAGCCCUACACAGGAGAUCCCCUGUAUAUAGACCUAUACAGAGGGGAGGAUAGCCCCCUAAAUAGACCCCUACACAGGAGAUCCCCCAUAUACAGAGGACGACCCCUACACACAGGAGAUCCCCUAUAUACAGAGGGGGGACCUAUAGACACACACACGUCAGCAGGUAUAUAGCGGUUGAGCAGUACUAUAUAGAGAUCCUGCAUCCAGGGCCCGCGGCUGCCAUCCGGGGUGCCCCUUGCAGGCCUGACGCAGCUGUACAGCCAGUACUACCAGUAUAUAGCAUAUAUAUAUAUAUAGAUCCGGGGGCACGUAUGUUGACGCCACCUCCGGGUACAUGUUUACAUUGAGCAGAAGGGUCAGCCAUAGAACCGGGGGACCUUCUAAUCAGCGAGGAGUCCACUAUAGACUAUAGGCACGGACCUAUAGACCCAUCUAUACAGACUCCGGGCCCCACAAUCACUCCUUAGAGUUAAUGCUGCAAGAAGAGGACUGACCGCAGCAUCCGCCGGGGCGUUACCGAGGAGCGCAGGCGCCACCAACGCACCGCCGAGAGAGGGCUGCACGCUGCCGAGACCACAGGGCGUCCUAGUGGAAGGUUCGGUUGGUAAUUUCAUCCCAUGAACAGAGAUCGCUGACGGAGCAUUCCAAACACAGGUACCUUUCCUUCAGAUCAUGGCUGCUGAAACACUAAAUUUUGGGCCAGAAUGGCUUCGCGCACUAUCCAGUGGGGGUUCCGUUGCUUCCCCCCCUCCUUCCCCCGCUAUGCCAAAGUAUAAACUGGCGGAGUAUCGCUACGGACGAGAGGAGAUGUUGGCACUUUAUAUAAAAGAGAACAAGGUCCCAGAGGAAAUGCAAGACAAGGAGUUUGCUGUCAUCCUGAAUGAGGAGCCGCUGCAGCCCCUCGCCCUUCUGCCUCUCACAGAGGAGGAGCAGAGGAACUUUUCACUGUCAGUAAACAGCGUUCCUGUGCUGAGGCUGAUGGGUAAAGGAUCGGCGCCGGCUCCAGGUGGAGUAAGCAGAGGCAGGGGCACUGCACGUGGGCGAGGCCGCGGUCGCGGUGAUGCCGCUGUCUACCAGCGCGCUCUGGAUGAAGGAGAGCCUGGAUUUGGCCGCGGAGGUCGGGAGAUUCACCGUAGCCAGAGCUGGGAUGACAGGGGGGAGAGAAGAUUUGAGAAGCCCGUCAGGAGGGAAGCAGCUCUUGUUUCUUCCAUUCCUCCGGCAGUGCGUGCGGGCUUUGAGGAGAGUGCAGGCCCAUCUAGGAAAGAUUUUGCCCGUUCAGACAGUGACAACUGGCGCACCCUGCGUGAUGGGCAAGAGGAGGAUGAGGAUGGUAACUGGAGGCUGGCUGUGUCCAGGAGAGAUGAGCGCUGGCGAUCUACAAGCCCUGGAGGAACCACAGAGGGUCCACGUUCUGCAGGAUGGAGGGAGCAUAGCGACCGGCGCCGGAAGUUUGACUUUGAUAUGGCGCGGGAUGAGUCUGGAGCAGCUCCACGAAGUAGUGGUCGUGGCGGUGACAACCCACAUGAAGACGACAGGGAUGGGCUCCCUGAAUGGUGCAUGGAGGAUGAAGAUGACGAGAUGGGAACCUUUGAUUCUUCCGGGGCCUUCUUUUCGUUCAAGAAAAGCCCCAAAGAGACCAUUGUGGAAGAGCAGGAGCUGGAGUUCCAGGGAGUGGAGGAAGAGGAGGAGGAAGAAGAAGAGGAGAGAACAGAAGAGACUGCAGACAGGCCUGCACUGAAUAGUGAUGAACAGGCAAUUCCUUUAGAAGAUGCUCUGCAAGAACCUCCCUCUAAAUCUCCAGAGCAGAACCAUUCUGCGUGGGCCACAGGCAUGUACACGGAGGUGGAGGGCGAGCAAGCCUCUGAUUCCUCCACCAAUGGAGAAGAAGUGUCUUUGGUUGAGCCGUGCCCAAUAGAAGAAGGUAACCCGGGACCAUUUGCUCCUUCCUCAAUCUCCCCACUUUCCACUCUGCCGACCCCUCCAUCUCCCCCCACAGUUGCUGCUACUGAAUUUUCUGUGGGGGAUCCGGAGGAGGAUGAAGGCAUGAAACAUCUCCAGCAGGAAGCUGAGAAAUUGGUGGCUUCCCUGCAAGAUUCCUCCCUAGAAGAAGAUGCCUUCUCCUCCACUCUCUCUCAUAGUGCUGCUGCUCUGCCCCUGUCCCACGAGGCUGCCAUGAAGUGGUUCUACAAGGACCCUCAGGGGGAGAUCCAAGGUCCGUUCAGUACCCAAGAGAUGGCAGAGUGGUGCCAGGCGGGAUAUUUCACUAUGUCACUCUUGGUGAAGAGAGGAUGUGACGAGGGCUUUCAGCCUCUGGGAGAAGUCAUCAAGAUGUGGGGUCGUGUACCUUUUGCCCCAGGGCCAUCCCCGCCGCCCCUGCUGGGUAACAUUGAUCAGCAGUGCCUGAAAAAACAGCAGGAAUUAGCUUUGUAUCAGCAGAUGCAACAUCGGUACUUGCUGCAGCUCAUCAGCAGGCAGCAGUACUCUCCACAGAAAGCCAGUGAUCUAACCGCUCAGCAACAGCAGCAGCUGGCACUGUUCCUCCAGCAACUGAACCCCUCAAAAUCCAGGGGCUCCGACUCUGCCCUCCUCCCCUCUAUGAACCGAUCUCUCUCUGUGCCAGACACUGGAUCCUUAUGGGAUCUGAAUACCUCAAACACAUCGACAGCAGGUGGGGACUCCGCGUUGUGGGACCUGCCAGUGACUGCCGUAUCUCAGGGGCCAAUAUUGGAGCAGCUGCAGCUGCAACAGAAGUUGCAGGAACGCAGAGAAGCAGAACUCAGGGCCAAGAGAGAGGAGGAGGAGAGGAAGAGGAGGGAGGAGAAGCGGCGCCAGGACGAGCAGAAGCGCCGGGAUGAGGAGGAGAUGUACAGGAGGAAGCAGUGCCGUCAACAGCAGGAACUGCUUCUGAAACUGAUCCAGCAAAGUGGGCAGUCGUCACCUUCUGGCCCUGUGUGGGCAGCUCAUGGCAAAGGCCUCUCCCUGAAAGCCAUGCUGGAAAUGCAGGAGCGGGAGGGACAGAUGCUGAAGCAGAGGGCACAGUCAUCGAGGACGCAUGGAGGUCUUGGGAUGUCUGGUUCCUCCAUCUUACCUUCUCAGUGGGGAUCUGACUCGGGCUCUAUGUGGGGUGGGCUGGACAAGAGUCCCUGGGAGGAAAGCGUCAAAGCUGGGUCAAGCAGCCGGGGCCUGAGGAACAGCAGAAGUAGCCCAUCGCUGACUGACUCGUACAACACAAGCGCCCGGCGCAAAAAAACGGACGACGAGGAGAAGCUUCUGAAGCUACUGCAGGGAAUUAAACCGUCAGACGGGUUCACUCAGUGGUGCGAGCAGAUGUUACACAUCCUGAACACAUCCAACAACCUGGACGUCCCCACAUUGGUGGCCUUCUUGAAGGAGCUGGAGUCUCCUUAUGACGUCCACGAUUAUAUCCGCUCCUGUCUUGGGGAAACACUUGAAGCCAAAGAAUUUGCUAAACAGUUUUUGGAACGUCGAGCAAAGUACAAAGCCAGCCAACGUCAGCAGGAAGCCUCCUGGUUAGCGCCCUCCAUGUUUCCACCAAUCCAGAAUUCCAAGCAAAGCAGCGGAUACGAUAUACAGAGCAGUAAGAUGAAGAGGCGGAUUCAAAUGUUACAUUCAGAUCCCAGCAUACUAGGUUACUCCCUUCAUGGCUCCCCAAACGAGAUGGAAGCUAUUGACGACUACUGAGGCGUACAUCUUCCUUCUGACGCCAUCUUUACUUAACCCUGCCGGGUUUUUUUCGGCAGUUGUACUGCACUGCAAACUUUACCCUUCCCUCUGCACGAGGUGGGGAAGAGACUUGGAAAUGGAGGGGGCGGGUGUGUAAUCCCGCCCAGAGCCAGGGAGGAGGGGGGGGGCGACUUACACCCGGUUUGUUCCCUUCCCCCACUCCCCUAAACAUAAUGCACUCAUUUUAAAGCACCUUAAAAAAAAAUGCACUUUACAGAAACUGAUCAAAAAUCUAAUUUUCUUUUUUUUUUUUUUUUUUUUUUUCUUUUCCUUUUUUUUUUUCUUUAAGAAAAUAAAAAAAAAAAAGCCAGAAAGGAGAGAAAACUGGAUUCAUUGACUUUCGACUGUUUAUUAGAAAUUUUUUUUUGUUUUCACUUUUUUUUUUUUUUUUUUAACUUGACAGUUUCUGACUUUGGGGUUGUUUUGUUUUUUUUUGUUUUUUUUCCUCUUUUUGCAUUUUUUUUUUUUUUUUUUGUAUCAAAAAGUGAAGUAUUCCGGUAACGGAUCUGUUAAAAAAAAAUAUAUAUAUAUAUAUACAUAUAUAUAUUAUUUUGGGAAAAGAAAAAUGCAGCCAAAAAACACUUUCCUCAAAAUGUUGUUUUUUUUUCUAAAUAUAUUUUGUUUAAAAAAAUGACGAGAAAAAAAAAAAAAAAAAACUAUGAAGAAAAGUAAAAAAAAAAAAAAAAAAAAGUUUUCAGCGCUUCUCGCAAGAUGACAACGUUCUGCUUUGAGUUCCCUGUCGUGUUGGGGAGGGUCGAAGGGGAGAUAAUCCAUCAAAACUUGAAGAAUGCACUUAGCAAUUUUGAAGGGGGGGGGGUCUGCAUUUUUAAUGGUUAUUUUUUUGCACAGAUAAAAUGUUGUGAUUUUUUUGUUACAAAAAUAGUGGAAAAAAAUGAGAAAAAAAAGAAUUUUUUGGAACUGUUAAAAUAGUUUUUUUUUUUUUUUUUCCUUCCUCAUACAAAGGAUGCACUUACUUUUCAGACUAAGAUGCCCAUGAAGGAUGGCAUGCCGCUGUUAGCAUUACUGAGUGCCAGGACUUCUCGGGGCCCUCGGCCACCCAUACCACACCGGACGUUUCUUACAAGGCGGGUCACCAGUUUUGGGCCUUUCAGUGUUUAUUUGGAGGAUUUGCACCCUGCCUUCUAUGUGUGACUUAUUUUUUUAUUUUGGGGACAUGGUACCUGUUCUUACCCCCUGUUCUCCCAGAAAUGUGGAAUCUUUGUGUUCGCCCCACCCUCGGUUAAUGUUUUUAUCCUGCUUUUGUUUACACACGUCCUGACCUGGACACCAAUGGCGGAGAUGACUGGAUGGUGGGACCCUCGUGGGGAGACGCCCAGGUCUUCUCCAGGGUCUGGAAGAAAAGAAGACAAAGAACCAGAUAAACUUUUGGGUGUGAAUGGUGCCGUUGCCUUAAUAUUGACACCACAGCUCUCCGCCACUCCCCGUACCGCAACGUUCUCCUUCUUCUAUGGACCAUACGGGACCAGCUCUGUGAAGCCACCUCAAGAGCUUCUCCAGCAGUUGGGUCCCCAUGAGAACUUCCGGAGCACCACCUCCUAACAAGCUAAAGGGUUGAUCUGUGGACUAGUCGAGAGAUUUGUACCCACUGUGGACCGCCAAUUGGGGGGGGGGGAUCAAAAAUCAACCCUUCAAGGAGGUGCUCUCCGACAAAGCAGUGUUUAAUGGUCGCUGGACAUUGUUUGGACUUCCCGGAGGUGGGAGAUGGGGGACCCCAUGUCUCCUCCCCCCCCCCCCCCCUCAAAACCUGCAAACUUUAUGGGAACUUACUAUGUACAUAGAACUUCAAAAGGAAAAAGAUAAAAAAAACAAACGCUAAUUUUGCCUAAAAGAAAAGACGCUGAUGUUUGCUGUGGGUUUCGUGCUUCUCUUCACCACAAGAAUGUAUUAGGGCAGGAGCUGGUAUCCAGCAAAUCCACUGCUCCUGGUCCCCCUUCCCCCACCCCAAGCACCCGCUAUCAUGGGAGGGGGUGGGGUGUUGGGGGCUUGUAUAUAGUUGGUGCCCUUGUUUUUUGGGGGUGUGUACAGUGAGGUCUCGCGCUCACUGGGUUGUAUAUAGUUGGGUAUAAUUCUCGUACAGCUUACAAGUAUAUUGUGCUGAAUGUAUAAUGUGUGUAUAUAACGUCUCCGUGUAUGUCUGUACGUACGGUGGGGCCCCUACACCUCCCCCCACUCGUACAUAUAGACCACGGGCAGCUGAGCGUAUCUGCCCCCCCCCCCCCCCCCAGCUCCUGUAUUAUAGGUGCCAGGCUCCGUCCCUCCCAUGACGGGGGCUCCGCCUGUCAUCCAGGGAGCUGUGCCCCA